AUGGAUCCUGCGUCCCUGCAGUCCCCACGGGCACACGCUUGGGUUGUGGGAUGGUGGCCGCGGGGCGCAGGCUGGAGGGCCGGCUCCGGCUCCGCUUUCCAGCAGGACUUUGCUCCUAGGGCAGCUCAGGGCACGUGCUGGCUGCACGGAGCGGGAACGCAGCCGGCACGUCCAGCAGCGGCCGAAAGCUGCAGGAACUUCACCUUCUACGGCGAGGUGAACGUGCAGCUGGAGGUGCGCAACGCCAGCCGCUACAUCGUGCUGCACGCGCACCGCAUGCACAUCGAGGCCGUGCGCGUGGCCGAGGACAAGCUGGCCGGCGCCGUGCGCGUCGCCAACUUCUUCCUGCACCCGCCCACGCAGGUCUUCGUGGUGGUGCUCAACCGCAGCCUGGAGGCGCAGCGCAGCUACAACCUCAAGAUCAUCUACAACGCGCUCAUCGAGAACGAGCUGCUCGGCUUCUUCCGCAGCUCCUACGUGCUGCACGGCGAGCGCAGGUUUCUAGGUGUUACACAGUUUUCUCCAACUCAUGCCAGAAAAGCCUUUCCGUGCUUUGACGAGCCCAUCUACAAGGCCACUUUCAAAAUCAGCAUCAGGCAUCAAGCAACCUACCUGUCUUUGUCCAACAUGCCAGUGGAAACUUCUGUUUUUGAAGAGGACGGAUGGGUUACAGAUCACUUCUCACAGACCCCUCUCAUGUCCACAUAUUACCUAGCCUGGGCUGUGUGCAAUUUUACAUACCGGGAAACUGUCACCAAGAGUGGAGUUGUUGUGCGGUUAUACGCAAGGCCUGAUGCAAUCCGAAGAGGAUCAGGGGACUAUGCUCUGAAUAUCACAAGGAGACUUAUUGAGUUUUAUGAAGAUUAUUUUAAAGUGCCCUAUUCCCUGCCAAAAUUGGAUCUGUUAGCUGUGCCUAAGCAUCCGUAUGCUGCUAUGGAGAACUGGGGACUGAGUGUUUUUGUGGAGCAAAGGAUACUGCUAGAUCCAAGCAUUUCUUCUAUAUCAUACCUGCUGGAUGUCACCAUGGUCAUCGUGCAUGAGCUAUGUCAUCAGUGGUUUGGUGACCUUGUGACUCCAGUUUGGUGGGAGGAUGUGUGGCUAAAAGAAGGUUUUGCUCACUAUUUUGAAUUUGUUGGGACAGACUACCUCUACCCAGGAUGGAACAUGAAAAAGCAGA